CAGCGUUCAUCUGCUGGGGUUGAAAGACAGCGAGCAGGAAGCCAGAGGCACGGAUUAUUAGAAAAUCAGCAUUUAUAAUUGUAUACAUAAUUUUGGUCUGCACAGCAAUCACAGCAUACAAAUAUGUUUAAGAAACUCAAAAAGAAAAUUAACGAGGAGCAGUCGCCACAGAAGAACGUGAAGCCGCAACAGCAGGCCCAGAUCAGGGAUACAUUUUUUACCACUUCUAAGUCCACAACCCCGCCUAUAGGUAACAGAAGCCGAUCCUCGUCCCUGUCUAACCGGCAGGAUGAAAGCACAAUCACUCCAGAUGAUAGAGAGCUGCUAGCCGGGAUGAUAGCAGAGCCCGCUUUUCUCUCUGAAUAUACUAUCUUUGCUCUGGACCGUACCAAACGACCUAAAGCAGCUCAGAUUGCCAGUGCGAAUGUAAAUAAGCCUCCCAUAGAACCUGCAAGACCCGCUGGUAGCGUUAAUGGAGAUGAAGCGGAUAGCCCACAGAAGCCUGAGGCGCAGUCUUUUGUACAGAAGCUCCAGCUGCGAGUGCCCUCCAUGGAAUCUCUGUUCCGCUCCCCCUCUAAGGAGAGUCUGUUCCGCUCCCCCUCCAAGGAGUCUCUGGUACGCAGCGCCUCGCGGGAGUCCCUGAACCGCCUGGGGGAUCCAGAGUCUGCCACCACCCCCACGUAUGACCCCCCCUCUGACAUUGAGAGUGAGGCUGAGGACGCCAUGGGCAGCAUAGACAGCCUCAGCAAGGAGCAGCUCCAUCACAGGCUUCGCAGGAUGGAGAGGAGCGUGAGCAACUACAGGGGGAAGUAUUCAGAGCUAGUCACUGCCUACCGAACAGUACAGCGAGAUAAAGAAAAAGUCCAGGCAAUACUUAGUCAAUGUCAAGACAAAUCACUUCGCAGGAUUGGCGAGCUGCGAGAGGAGCUGCAGAUGGACCAGCAAGCUAAGAAGCAUUUACAGGAGGAAUUUGAUGCUGUACUGGAGGAGAAAGAUCAGCAAAUCACGGUUCUCCAGACUCAGGUGUCCUUGCUGAAGCAGAGGUUACACAGCGAUAAGGGGAGUGCUGACCUUACCCAGCUGACCACUCAGGCUGCAGAAAGACAGGUGGAAUCGGAGCCUCAGAUCUCCAAACAGGAGCUCAACACAGAAAACACUAACCUGUCAAAAGAUGGUACCGGAGAUGCGUCGAAGACUCUGGAUGCCUUGCAGCAGAGAGUGAGACGGCAGGAGAAUCUGUUGCAGAAGUGCAAGGAGAUGCUACACACACACAAGGAGCGCUCCGCACAGCUGGGCAGCGAAAAGGAGGCACUGCAAGAACAGCUCGAGGAGCUGGAGAAAAUCAAGGAAUCCGACAAUGUUGAAAAAACCAGGCUGAUUACUCAGCUCCGGGAUGCUAAGCAUUUGAUUGAAAAGCUGGAGCAAGAUAAGGGAAUGGUCAUUGCAGAAACCAAAAGGCAGAUGCACGAGACUCUGGAGUUGAAAGAGGAGGAAAUUGCCCAGCUCCGCUCUAAAAUCCUGCAGACUACAGCAUUGCACGAGGAGCUGCAGUUGCAGAAGGAGGAGUCAGAGAAAGCUGCAUUUGAGGAGCUAGAGAAGGCGGUAGAAGCCCAGCGGAGACUGAAGGCCCGAAUGGAGGAGCAGAUCAAGACUGUGGAAAAGACCAGUGAGGAGGAGCGUAAAAACCUACAGCAGGAACUCUCCAGGGUGAAACAGGAAGUGGUCAACAUCAUGAAGAAGUCCUCAGAAGACAGGAUAGCAAAAGCUGAGAAGAUGCAUGCAGAAGCCCUGGCCAGCAAAGAACAAGAGCUAACUCUGAGACUGCAGACACGGGAGGCCCAGUUACAGGAGCAGAUGAGAAUCGCUUUGGAGAGAUGUCAGGCUGAGAAGAUGCAAGUGAUUCAGGAGAAGGAGCAGCAAGCUGCACUUUCCUUGGAGGAACUGGAGCUGCAGAAUGCAGCCAUACAGUCUCGGAAUAAGAACCGGGUACAGGAGCUGCAGCAGGAGCUUGAAACAUUCCGCAAUAAAGUACUUGAAUUGGAACGUUCCCUGGCAAAGAGUUCUCAGCACGGGACUGGCCAGUCGGAUGAGCUGUUUGCACAGAUUGAGGCCGAGAAGAACAAGCAUCAAGCAGAAAUUGAAGCAAUGGAGGAAAAGCACAGGGUAGAGAUAAAUCACCUCAGAAAGGAACUUUGGGAGCUCUGGUCUAACAAACUUCAGACCACAAAGAAGCAGUACCAGACUUCUGUGGAGGAGCUCAAAGAGAAACACACACAAGAGUUGGAGGCCUUACUUAAGGAAAAGGAGUCCCAGUUCCAUUCCCAUAUCAAGGACAUGAACCAAAAGACCCUGGAAAAACUUGAUGUCAAUCAGACUGAGCUGGAGACUAUCUCGUCGGAGCUGGCAGAAUCACUGGAAGGAAGGAAGCUUUUAGAAGAGCAACUGGCGGCCUUAAAUUAUACCAUCAACUCUAUUAAACAGGAGUAUGAGAUUAAGCUUGAGCAGGAGAAAGCCAGGUACCUGGACGAAGUCAAAGGCUUAAAAUCGGAGCUUGAGCAGUCAUUUGGAGGUGUUGAGAAUACUCUGAAGAGGGAACUUAAUAACCUCAAGAUGGUCCUGGAAGAAAAGGAAAAACAGUUGGAGGAACUGCAGGCAAGAGAAAGGGAGCUGAAGGAAAAUGCUGAGAAGCAUCAGCAGGAGACAGCUGCUAAAUUUGAACUGCAGAUGGAAGAGCUAAGGGAAAAUGUGAAAAAGGCAGAAGCAGAAAAGGAGGGCUUGACAGAAACCAGCUUGACACUGACUCGGGUUAACUCUGAACUGGAGAAUUGUAAAUGCCGGGUACAGCAUCUGGAGCAGAAGCUGGAGGAGGUACAGAAGGAAUCUGAUGAGAAGGUGUCUUCUCUCCAGGCAGAGCAUGCCACAGAGAUUGCAGAGCUUCAGAAACAGAUUGAGAAGAUUAAAAAGGAGCUGUCUGAAAGCGAACAAUCUUGGACUGAAAAAUUGGCGGUACAUCUCCAGCAGGAGAAUGAUUUAAAUAAACAGCUAGUGGAGGUACGAACUGCAAGCGAAGAGAGAAUAGAUGCUGCUAGAACAGAGUGUGAAACCAAGCUUAAAGCAAAUGAGGCGAAGAUGGACAAAGUAAAGCAGAAGGCCAAGGAGAUGCAAGAGAAAUUUAAGAAAAAGCUCUCUGAUCAAGAGGUCAAGCUGAAGGAACAGUAUGAUAAAAAGCAACACGAGCUGAACCAGAAGGAAAAAGAGUUCAAUGAGAAGAUUCUGGAAAUGGCCCAUGCUGGUUCUGCUGGGAUCAGUGAUGCGGUCUCUCAGCUAGAGCUGUCCCAGAAGGAACAGCUGGAGAGUUUGAAGGAGUCUCACCGGAAAGGGCUGGAGGAGCUGAUCCAAGGAUGGCAACAGAAACUCAGCCAGCAGGAGGAGGAAAUGCAGGAGAAGCAUGAGGUCGAGCUGCAGGAGAAAGUGCAGGAGGUGGAUGAGGCGAGAAAGCAGCUUGGGGCCACCAGGGAAGAGAAAGAGCAUGUUCUCAAGGAGGUGAAGGGCCUCAGGGAGGAACUAGUGAUGUGGGAGACCACAGUGCAGAAACUACAGGCAGAGCUAAAGGAGGCUGCAGCACAAGUAGAAAAUUUGUCCAAGGGGGAAAACAUGCUGAAGGAGCAGGUGGAGGCAAUGGAGAAUAACCUUAGUCAAGUUUUGAAUGAAAGAAACUCUCUCCAGAACCAGCUCAGUAAGGCUGAAGAAGAUAGCAAUAAAAGGGAGCAGGAGCUGGCAAAACAGCUAGAGGAGACCCAUGGCAAACUAACAGCACUGGAAGCCUCACAUUGGAAAGAAGUUGAAGAUCUCCAGAAGACACUCAAAGAAAAGGUCCUUGAAAUGCAGUCCAAGGAGGAGGAGUUCAGAAAACAGCUUAAUCUGCAAACAGAACAUGUAUCUCUUUCCUGCAGUGAAGUUCAGAGAAACAUGGAAGUUUUUGCUGAUGAGUUCUUUGACAAAUUGAACAGCAGAGUCGGUGCCCUUAGCGAUAGAAUUGCCUGUAACCAGAAGCAGGCAGCACAGCUUAAAAAUGUCAUCCUGACCAAGAUUGAACAAAUCGGCCAACUAGAAAUACAGCUCCAACAAAUAACAGAGGAGAAAAUGGUGUCAGAAAAUUCAUUGCUGCAGAUGACCAAUCAAAUGCAGGAAAAAGAAGAACAUAUUAAAGCCUUUAAAACAGAAAAGGAAUCUUUAGAAAAAGACAGAGGCAUCCACUUGGAAAGUCUGUCCGAGAAAGAUAUUUGCAUUGAGCAGCUGAGAAAGGAACUGACUGCAAGUACAGAGACCAACAUAAACAUUUAUGAAAACCUGAAAGAAAAGGAAGCCCAAAUCUGUAGCCUGGAGGGUAUGAUAAAUGACUUGAAGACUCAGCUUGCCAAUAGUGUAGGUCUUGCAGACAAGGAAGAAGCCAUAUUGUUACUAAAUCAGCAACACAGGGAGGAGCACCAGAAGCUAAUAAACCAAAUGCAAGAGUUAUCGAAGAGCAUGGAGGCUGUUAAUCAGGAGAAGUCGUCUGCCCUUGACCAGGCAGAGCAGUGGAAGAGCAAGCUGUCAGACUGGAAAAAGAAGACAGAAUCCAAGUUCAUGCAGAACCAGAACACCGUCAAGUCACUGCAGGGCAAGUUGGAAGAGAUGGAAAAGGAAAUACAUGAGAAAGAUGAACAGUUAGGCAAGCUCACAGACGAUGUUGAUAAACAGUUUUGUAGCAAGUCCGAGAUGGACCAGGUGCUGAACGAGAAAGAGAAAAAAGUAGGAGAGUUAACUGCCGAGCUACAGAGCUGUAUAAUCAAGAUUAAGGAGCUGGAAGAACAGCUUGCCAAAAAGACUGAGGAACAUGAUCAUCUUAUUGUACAACUGCAGCAGAAGAAUCAAGCAAAGGAUGCAGAACAGAAAGAGCUGGUGCUGCAGCUUCAGCAGGCUCAGGUGCAAUUCUCUGAAAAGGACGGCAGAGUCAAUGAAACUGAAGAGAGGUUACAGACUACAGAAAGGGAGACUGAAACUCUCAAGCAGGAGCUUGAGCUCAAACAAGAGGGCUUUGAGAAGAUAAAAGCAGAACUCCUGAAGAUCAAAGAAGAAGAACUCAAGGCAGCAGAAGAAAGAUGGUCUGCAGAGUGUGCCGGUAAACUGGCCGAGCUAAAGAGGAAAGCCGAACAGAAGAUUGUCAUGGUGAGGAAGCAGCUUACCUCACAAGUGGAAGAGAAGGAACAGGUUGUUAAGAACUUGGAAAGCCAGUUAGAUGAGUUGAAACAGACAGUGGAUAAGAAAGAGGAAAGCAUCAAAGCCUUGCAGCAAAGAGUGAAUUCACUCGACGAUUCAGCAAACAACAGGGAAGAGAUGGAAAAGCAAGUCAAGAAUUUAAGGGAAGCCAGCAAGCUGGGGAAAGAAAGCACCUUGCAGAAUCUGAAGGAAAUGUAUGAGGAGAAAUUUAAUGUUCUUGAGAAAGAUCUGGCUGAUAGGGACCUCCAGGUACAGAAGAUGCAGGAGAGGGAGACAGAAAAAGGGGCUACUGAAGAAGCACAGAACAGGCAUGAAGAGCUUCAGAAUAGCUUGGAGCAAGCAGAGGAAGAGAAACGCAGACAACAGGCAGAAGUUUUCAGGCUUCAGGAAGAAUGGCAGAAGCAGAGUGAACUGCAUUCUACCUUGCUUGAUCAGCAGACAGAAUGGACUGCAACAUUGUCAGAUCUUCAAAAGCAACUGCAAGACAAGGAAGGAAAGAUUCAGGAAAUGGAAAGCAGCUUGGAGCAAAUGAAGAAAAACAUGCAGGCAAGAGAAUCAUCUGAGAAGUCACUGGAACAGAAAAUAAAGGAGCUGGAAGCCAGUUUAGCCAAGGACAAGGAGGGCUUUAAAGUAGAAAAACACUCCUUGUUUGAGCAGUCUGAAGUAGAACUGAAAGACCUCAGCCAGCAACUGGAGAAGAGUGGGUCCCUUUUGAGAGACUACGAGGAAGGUUCACAACAGAAGAACAAGUCUGAUUCGGAACUGCAGAGCCUUCUAGCAGAGAUGAGAGCCAAGCAGAAAGAACUAGAUGGCAAGCUGCAGGAGGCAGAUGGAGAGAAACGGAAGCUGCACAAAGAGAUGGCAAGGCUGCAGAAGGACAUCCGCUCCUUGCGUAAAGAACACGAGAAAGAGCUGGAGUAUGUAAAGAAAGAGAUGGCUGAAGAAAAUGAAUUAAAAAUGAAGUUAGAGCUUGAGGAUCUGGCGAUAAAGCACAACUCCAGCCUGAAACAGAUAAUAAGGGAAUUUAACACCCAGGUAGCCAAAAAGGAGCAAGAUCUGGAUUCUGCUGUGCAAGAAGCUAUUGGUAAGGCCCAGGUUGUGGAGACGGAGUUGUUGAAUACUUAUCAGGAGGAGACAAGUCAGCUCUACAGGAAGAUCGGACAGAAAGAGGAUGAGCUGAAACAAACCUCCCAGAGCUACGAGCAGAUUUUACAGAACCGAGAGGAGGAGAUGUCGUGCAGAGUGAAAGAACUACAGAAACAACUGGAGGAGCUCCAAGCGGAGAGACAGCAGAGGCUGAAUGACGAGAAGAAUCAGAACAGUGAACAGGAUUCUGUGUCUGAGCUGAAGGCACAGCUCGCUUUUAAAACAACACUACUCAGCGAAGCAAAACUAAAGGAACAGGAGUUUCAGGAAAGAGUCCAUUCCCUUGAAGAUAAGCAAAGAACUUUUCCUAAGAACUCUGUUGUGACACAUCUGGGAACACCAUACAGAGGUGGAAAACACCACAGCGAUGGGCUGACAGAACCAACAGAAUUUGAAUACCUGAGAAAAGUGAUGUUCGAGUACAUGAUGGGACGAGAGACAAAGACCAUGGCUAAGGUCAUCACUACAGUACUCAAGUUCCCAGUAGACCAGGCUCAGAAGAUCCUAGAAAAGGAAGAAUCUCGACCGCUGACUUGGCUACGAUGAGCAUCCUGAAGACCAUUGGAAAAUGUGGUAAUCGCAGCAUCCUGCCAGACACGGUGGUGGCCAAUCCUGCCAGACACGGUUUAACCGAAGCCUGGGAUUUACUUGUAGCCCAGCACAUGAAGACCAGGGCCCGUCUUAUCCACUAUUGGCAAAUUGCAGACAAACUGCCCCCUGCAUAGUAAGUGUAGUGUAACUACAUGGGAAAUUUGCCCACAGUGGAAAAUCCGGUCCAGAGAUUCUGUAAAAUUAAUUGGUCUGUAAUUGGAGGAAAAAAAAAAGUCUAGUUCCCAUCAAUAAUAAAGGUUUAUUAUAUACAUUUUAAUUGAAAUCAAUUUCUUCCUUUUGUUUCUGUUUAGGGUUAGUAUGGGUUGAUGGAUUGUGCAAUAAUUGUAAUCUUUUAUUCCCCUUUUCUUUCCUGUUAUAUCAUGCUGCUUCCAUUUUACUUGUGUGUGUAGAGUUUGUUCAUUUUACUCUGCUCCAAUCGGUUCCCCAUUUCUGGGGAAAAAAAAAAAAAAAACUACUGUAAAUUGUAAGUACAUGGUCCAUAUCUGUACCAUAGGGCACAUUGUACCAUAGGGCCAUAUCUGUACCAUAGGGCACAUUGGUGAACAGUUAAUAAAAUGUUAUUUACAGCAUGUUUUGUGUUAAUUUAAGCCAAACCCAUUAAUUUUGUUUUCUACAGUUUAUCCGUGGGAAAUUAUAUUUCAUUUACAAACAAGUUUUUAAAAAAGCGUUUUACUUUAAAUUGUUGUCUACCAUUGUAAAGUUGUACAAAAUAAAAAAAUACCCCAUAGCCUUGCUACAGUGGUGAAGAUGGGGAAGGUGGAUGGAUGUAAGAAUAAAUGAUUAAAUGUUUAACUAAAAUAUAAUUUUUGAGCACAUACACUUCCAUUUGUUGGUAAUAUUUCAUUUGGCUACCAUAUAGUUUCCUAUACUGGUGGAGUUGAUGCAUCUGUCAGGCAAUGUGUAAGAGAUCCAUGGUUAAAUAACAAUGUCACUGUCAAUUCCAGCUAUUCUGAAAUGAUUAACGGGGAUAACAUGCCAGUUACAUUAUAUAUAUAUAUAUAUAUAUAUAUAUAUAUAUAUAUAUAUAUAUAUAUAUA